CAUUGUAUUCAUUACAGAACUGUUCGCUUAGGCGUAAAGGAACUCCGUCCAAAAUGCUCUCGCGUGCUUGGAAAGAACAUCAAGCGAAUCAAGCAGUUCAACGGGAAAAACAAGAACACUUGAGAAGAGAAGCUGUGGCAGCAUCUUCAAGACUAACAUACAAACUAAUGGACACUCUUAAUACUGGUGUAGAGCAAGCUUAUGUCAAUCAGCGCAAGUUAGAAACAGAAGCAAAACAGUUACAGGCUCAUGCAGUAAGAUUUUCUAAACAGACAGUACAGUGGCUUCAGAUGUUAGAGGCUUUCAAUAAGGCUUUGAAGGAACUUGGCGACGUGGAAAAUUGGUCAAGAGUAAUAGAGGCUGACAUGACAGCAAUAGCAAGUGCCUUGGAAUACGCUUACAAAGGAGAUGGCCCUAAAACUUCAUAGCAGUGCAAAACACUGUCUCUAACAUAGAGAUCAUAGAAUGAUCCUUAUAACAAAGACAAUGUUAUUUUCUUAUUCUGUUUAGCUGGUUGUAAAUUGUCAAUGUGCAUUGUAAUAAUCGAUUAUCAAAUAUUUAUAAAUUAAUGAAUGUGAGUAAAGGGUGUAAGCAUUGA